AUGACAUUGGAUUCUAAAGUUACUCCCUCGUUGUGUACAAAGUCAAUGCCAAAAUGGGAAUGGAAAGAUGUCACCACCGCUGACGAAAUAAACGGCAGUGAAUGGACUGGUAAACCAUACUAUUUUAAAGCUGCUACCAAGGAAAGUCAAUGGGAGAAACCAGCUGGUCCUCCAGCCAAUAAAGUUCGCUGCUCCCAUCUCCUAGUCAAACAUAGAGAUUCUAGAAGACCUGCAUCCUGGAGGGAUGACAGGAUCACUCGCUCAAAGGAUGAAGCUCUUCAAAUAAUAAAAGGAUACAGAGCCAGGAUAGUUUCGGGACAAGUUGAUUUUGGGGAUCUGGCGAGCACAGAAAGUGAUUGUAACUCUGCUAAAAACAAGGGUGAUCUAGGAAUCUUUGGCCGAAACCAGAUGCAGAAGCCUUUUGAAGAUGUCUCUUUCAGACUUGAGGUUGGCGAAAUGAGUGACCCAGUUUUCACAGAAUCUGGGAUCCAUCUCAUCCUAAGGACUGCUUGA